AUCCAUCCUUACUACACCCACCACUCUUUCCUGAAGGACCAACAGAUCAUGUCUAACAAACCUAUUUUUGUGGCUACGCACCCGAGAGCGUGCAGCACUGCCUUUGAGCGGGUUUUCAUGACCCGUCGCGACAUCCUAACCUGCGUUCACGAACCCUUCGGAGAUGCCUUCUACUUUGGCCCCGAGAGACUGAGCCCCAGAUACGAAGACGAUGACAAAGCCCGUGAGGAGAGUGGCUUUGAGAGCAGUACCUUUAAGACCAUAUUCGAGAGGAUUGAGCAAGAGGGAAAAGAGGUUCGACUCAGCUCUACUUCCUCUCUUUGCGCGGCCCCUACAUGCCCCGAGCCUUGCCAAAUCCUGCGAAUAUUCCUAAUUCCGUAUGUCCCUGGCUGGAAACUCAUGAUCAAGCAGGGAAAACGCCUUUUUAUCAAGGACAUUACCCACUACUUGGUACCUCCUGAGGGAAAACCAGCUACUAUUGCUCCAUCCCUGGGGGGGAAGACUGUGAAGAAAGGAGUUGGAACAAAUGGCGAGACCGGUUUUCUUAGCAAUGGUGUCACGAAUGGCGUCACGAAUGGACACACCAAUGGGAAUACGAACGGCUAUCACAAGGCUCCAUACCCCUACUCCACGGAAGCCGAGCCAGGCAAUCCAACCGUCGUUCCAGCAGAGAUCCUGAAGCAAUUCCACUUCACAUUUUUGAUCCGACACCCUCGUCACAGCAUCCCAUCGUACUGGCGAUGCACCAUUCCCCCGCUAGACCAAGUCACCGGUUUCUACAAUUUCAUGCCAGCCGAGGCCGGCUACGAUGAACUCCGCCGCGUCUUCGACUUCCUCCGCAAGGAAAACCAAAUUGGUCCCGCUAUUGCCGGACAGCACGGCGAAUUGAAGAACGGUGAAGUCAGCAUCACCGUUGUCGACGCCGAUGACCUUCUCGACGACCCCGAAGCUAUCAUCAAAGCUUACUGCGCGGAAGUUGGAAUCGACUAUACUCCGAAAAUGCUGAUUUGGGACACCGAGGAGGCCCAUCAGCGCGCUAGAGACGCAUUUGAGAAGUGGAAAGGCUUCCACGAGGAUGCGAUCAAUAGUACUUCCCUCAAACCGAGGAGCGCCGCUCAUACAAAGAAAACCAAGACUGUGGAAACCGAAGAUCAAGAGUGGCGUGAGAAGUACGGGGUGGAAGGUGCGAAGAUAAUUAGGGAGACUGUGGAUGCGAAUAUUCCGGACUAUGAAUACUUGAAGUCGUUUGCUAUCAAGAUUUGA